AUGCCUUGGAUAACCGGUUGGUAUCCGCUGGAGCGGCAGUUGUGGUUCGUGGGCAAGCAGACCCACGCGCAUUCUUACGAGGCACUGGGCGUGCUAAGCUCGGAGUUGUAUUUGGCGAGCUACGAAAAGAUACUACUGUGCGGGGGCUUGAAGGAAUUUGUGGGGGAAGUCCCAGCAGAGGAAGGCUUGGAGGUUGAGACGUCUUGGACGGUGGUCGUGGAUGCGAGCAGGAGUUUUCUGGAGACGAUAGACGUGGACGAGCUCAUUCGGCAUCUGUACCUGCGCGUCCGGACCGGUCUGGAGGGAAGCUGGAAUCAGGCGGACGAGCGAGUCAGCAAGUACGUACAAGCAAUCUUGCAGUCUCGGUGUUUCGACUCCCUCGGCCAGCUGCGCCGGAAUGUAACCGAAAUUUGCUUAACCUCCAGCGUGCUCAAGACAUUGCCAAAAGUCCGAGAAGUCUACCCCCGACUCCGCACCCUUCUCGUGAACCAUGGACACAUCACGCAACUCGACUGCAACCAAAUGACCUUAACCAAAAACGCUCCGGCACUGGAACUUCUGGAUCUCAGACACAACCGUAUUGCUAAUAUCAAACCGUUAAAAGAACUCCUCUAUAAUGCUACCAAGCUUCAAAAGUUAGCACCGCACUCCCAUAAAGGCAACCUCUCACUUCGAAAGGCUACGGCAUCAUCACACAUCUUAAUGUUAUUUUUGUCUUGCAAUCAAAUUGCGGCGGUUGUGGACUGCCUGCCGGACUUGCCCAGCUUGAGCAUCUUGGGUUUAUAUAGUUGCAAUAUAGACGAAUCCUUGGAGCGGGUUUUCGCCUCGAUUUUGAGCAAAGCGCCCAACCUCAGAUACCUAUACAUGGACGGCAACCCAUGCUUCGACAUCAACCGGGCAUCCGGUAAGUGUCUUGGCCAGUUUCAGUACGGUUUGUCAGCUGGCAUAGCCCCCCCCAAACUGAUUUUCCCCGUGUCCCGAAUAUCUAGCAUAAACCCCUAA